AUGUCCUCCUCAAUCAGUCUAACGCUAAAUCCACUCCCCGGUUUCUGCGUAAAAUCUAGCGCGCUCCAACAAGCCGUCGUCCCCAGAACCGCCACUAGUCUUCUUGCUAGUGCGCCCUCCGACACUCUAGGAGCACCAAUCACUAUCCCAAAAGGACUUAAAGUUUUUGUUAACAUAGCUUGGGACACGAACGUGCCUCCACCUCCACCUGGUAGUGAAGACACGAUUCAGAAAGUAAUUCGUGGCCAAGACUACAAUGAAUCGAAUUCCGAUGGAUGGUUCAUCCCAAUCCUAGUGUCAGAUCCUCGCGAUGACAAAGACAAAGCCGGGAAACCGGCCCUUGUCGUCGACUGUGUCCUUAACCCAUCCAUCAAGUCUCGCACCCUGAAAGAAGCCGACUUCAAAGCGUUCAUUAUAGAACUUGCGUUGCAGCGUGUUGAGUCACACACCUCACUUGAGCUUUCCCGGCAGAUUGGCACGCCUAACAUCGCCUCGAAAGGCAAACCUGUGUCGCGCCAAGUGAUUGUGCCUAGAAUCCUCUUUCCGCCCGGUCACCCUCACCACAAAUCCGACGCUAAGACUACUCUCAUUCAGGAACUACCUUCUCCAACAGCUAUAGCGCCGGCCUCAAAAGUUGAGAGGAUACUCAAAAGUGCUACGCCCACAUGGACAUGGACUCCGACGAAAGACCACCGUAAAAUCCGCUUCAUCAUCAAUGUGCCCAAUCUGACUCGCGCGCACAUCUCAAAUUCAACGCUCGAUGUAGAACCAAGAAGAGUGAUGCUACACGUUCCUUCGUUAUACGACUUAGAUAUCAACCUCGAUGUGCCACCAGACACCGAGCCUACUACGGCCACGUACGGUCGUCUUGGCGAAGCCGCCACAGAGCUCAAAAGGUUUAGAGAUCUCGAUGUGGAUGGUGCCAAGGCGGAGUGGAGGGUAGCCGAAAAGGUUAUAGUUCUCCUGGCUUAA